AUGGCACAACCAAAAACUUUACUUGGAACAAUGUUUCAAGAUCGAAAUAAAUGUAUGAGACAUCCAAUGAAUGGAAAUGAAUAUUUUUUUGAUCGUAAUAGUGAAGCAUUUUAUUAUAUAAUGGAAUUUUAUCGAACUGGAAAACUUACUUUGCCCAAUGAAUCUGGAAAAGUCACCUACAAACAACUUGAAGAAGAGCUUGAUUAUUUUCAAAUCCCUUUUGAUAAGCCGGCAGUAAUUUGUUCGUCAAUUUUAGGAAUUAUUAGAAAUAAUAUUGAUAACCUCAUUUCUGCCUUUGAAGAAUUGAUCAUUCGUUGUUGCAAAUAUUUUAUAAAUCAUAUCAAAUUAGAACUUAAAAAUAAUGAGAUUCAUAUAAUUAAUGACAAGUCGGAUAAUAGACAUUAUUAUGAUCUUCAAGAUAUACAAAAGUUUUGUUCAUCUAGGUUUAUGUAUGAUGAGACUCGUGUUAUUUUAGAUAAUAUGGGAAAACAUAUUGAAGAUCAUUUAGUUAUAAGAUUUCUUGAUUUAAACCUAAAAUACGAAUCCGGACAAAAUAGUAAUGGCCUACCUUUUAUCUCUAUCACUUUUUUAUUUGAAAAUGUUUAUAAAAAUUUUAAUUGA